AGGGGGAGGAGGAGGAGGAGUGCGGGUUACGUCUGCCAUACAGAUGCAAACCAAACGAACGUUGGAUCCCGAGGACUAGCUCUGGCCUGAACUACUGCUCCUCUGUUAUUCUCCACGUGAAGAUUCACUGUCAAGAUGAAACCCAAACCUCAAGAAAACUUGGAAUGAUUCUGACUUUCAAUAUCCAAAAGGUUUUCCAAUAGAGCUCUCCUUUAAAUCCUUUUUCGUUUCCGCCUGUGGAUUUCCCAGACGCUGCCAUCAUGCCUAUUCUGAAGCAGCUGGUGCACCACUCCAACCAGUCAAAGCGGAGGUCCAGGGCUGACCUGACUGCAGAGAUGAUCAGCGCUCCACUGGGGGACUUCCGCCACACCAUGCACGUUGGGCGAGGAGGUGACGCUUUUGGCGACACCUCAUUUCUCAGCACCAGGACAGGAGAAGCUCCCAGGGAACCGCAGACAAAGCAGAGCUCUCCCGGUUCCAAACCGGGGCUUCUUUCUCGCACCUUUAGGAGCAGUAAGAGGUCUCAUUCGGUGAACCGAGGAGACAAGUAUGAGUACAAUAUGACGCUGCCUUCUGCUAGCUCGUCACAGUUUGUGAAAAAUGCCAUUUCUCUGCCUUAUCUAAAUGACGAGAGUGCAAGCAGAGGCAGUCAGCUGCCCAAGAGUGUUUCCUCCAGUCCCAUGAAGACACUGACGGACACUAAAGACAAGCCUGUCAAUGGAGCGGCAGCAAUUGCUACUGUGGACAUGGAGAUGGAUGAACGAAAUUUUGGCGAAGCAACGGAUUUGCCUCCGUCCAUGCCUAGGGGAGGUGGCAUGAAGCAGGCAGAGUCCAUGAUGUCCUUCCACAUUGACUUGGGCCCUUCCAUGCUCUGGGACAUUUUGGGCGUGAUGGAAAAGAAAAGCUGGGAGGACGACGACCUCGGCUACGAGGAAGGCAAAAGCAGCGAGGGGUACGCAUCCCCGUCCCACAUUCCCCUCAUCGACGACGACGACGCAGACGAGCUGGCUCCCACAAGGCCGCCUCGCGGCACGCACCGGCACCAGGCGGGGGCGGAACCCUAUUCGCCAGAGCUCCAGGCCAGGAACAACAACCAUCACAACACGGACAGCUGCUCCGUGUCCAGCUCAGGUUCCGAGAGGCCACAGUACCACCUCCGUGAUGGAGACACGGAAAGUACCAAGUACAGUUCGCCACGCGGGGAAGGCGACAGAGAUUUUACGUACAUGGAUGAAGAUGACGAUGAGAUUAGGCUGUAGACAAAGCAAAUAUCGCUGCCGUGAGCAGCCUUCCAAUCAAGGGGAAACCCAGUCCCAUGGACUCUCACAGCCCUACAUAAUAGAGGAAUCAGAGUAGAGGUUAGCUGUCAAAGCCAGACGAGGUUCAAUCUAACAUCAGCCCACUGUUAUCACGAAUAGAACAAGCCUCUGUCACUGCUAUAGGGAAGACGUGUUAGACAACUGACUCACCCGCCAACUUUCUAGACUUGUUGGUUAAUGCAAUCUUUGCAUCACCUCAACUUUAAGCUCGAUGCGUUUGGACAUUUUACAACUUUUGAACAAAUACUGGCUCUGUUGAAACUCCUAUUGGAGAAGGUCAACUGGGAAAAUCAGUCUUUUUCUAAAGAAGCAAAGCCGAUGGUUGGAAUCAAGACGGUGAAAAUAAGCAAUGCUGCCAUAACCCAAGUAGGUUUUGUAAGCGUUUGGAAUCACUGAGGAGCUAGUGAGAGCCUUUUAAAUAGACACUAAACAGAUGCAGCAAUCACUUUUUCUAUUCCUGUCUGAGUGUAGGGACUUUUCUUUUGCUAUUUUCACAUCUUUAUGUGUUUCUACAGAACAUGAAAGACGAUCUAGCCAAUUAUCUUUGAGAUGGUAUGUUGUUAUUAUUAUUUUUAUCACUCUUUUGGGAAGAUCUGUAUUAUCCAGUCGGGAUAUUUAUUUGUUUUUUCGUUGUUUUAAGGAACGGAGCUCCCUGAAUGUGGAUUGUUGAGUCUUAAAAGUUGAACUUGGGGGGAUUUUUGAUAUUUAUCUUUAUGAAUACUACAAGGUACUAUAAGAAACAAUGUAUCGACUUUACAUAAAAAUGACCGAGUAGCUCUAAAUGCUGAGUUCAUCAUCAACAUCAUUCCUGCUGAUAGAUCGAUAGAAGUGUUGAUCGUGGAAAUCAGCUGUCCUCUCUAACACGACGUCAGCGGGUCAGCGGUAAAAUGCCUUUAAAUGCCAGAAACGGGUGUAUCAACAAGUUUUAUGGUAGCUCCAGAGGGCGGAGAGUCUCUGGACUGACCCCCGAGUUGGUAAUUAUCACCUCCUCUAUGCCAUGCAGAUCACAUUCUAGGAAGGGAUGAUUAAACCAACCAAUCACACGGCCUUCUCCGGUCUGUUCAUUAAACGUGUUGGAUGUCGGGCUCUCAGCCAGCUGGAGCUGCUGCAGGAACAGACAGGUGUUCCUUUUCUCUAGACUGUACGGAAAACUCAAUCAAUCUGUCAGCUAUACAUCUGAGAAAAGUCUUUUAAUUUGAAGGUGCCACAUCACGAACACCUCGGAUUUCCUGUUGUGGCUCUAACGUGUGGCGUUUCCAUGGAAUCGGGAAGUCUUAAAGGAAAAUGGAAGAGUUUGAAAAUGGUUUGGAGGAAAGUGCCAAGCGUACGUUGUUUUUUUUCUUUUCUUUUUACUCAUCCCUUUCUAACUAACAAGUGAAAAAGAAUGUUGACACUAUUGACGCUAACUUGUUGGAGGACAUUCCUGAAAAGGGAAAUUGACGGGGAAUUUUUCCCCAACUGCGCAGCUGUGAUGUUUUAGUUUUGCUAGACGCUGCCUGAGCCGACACUCAUCCAGACGUCCUGCUACAAAAAACUAACAUGAGUUACUAUUUUACAUAACGUCAAUAACUUUUUUUUUUUGUUUCUCAGCUGAUACAUAUCUUUGCACAAUUUACGUCACAAUUUACCCAUAACACUGUUUCCAUUUGGCAUUGCAUUUUGGGAAAACGUCUACGAGUUUCAGUUACUUUUGCGCAGACAUGAACAACUUCAGUCAAACUUUGGGUUCUCGUGUUCUUGGACCAAAUGAUUAGGAUCCUGCGUAGAGCCGCUGUGAAAUAUUGGCUCUAAGACUGUCGGCUGAUAUUAAAAGUAUAAAUAUAAUCGGCGCCAUCGAAGACUCCACUUCCUGUUCUCAGCCGGUCGGUACUUUGGUGGAGGAGUAUUAGCGACUUUCAGAGAGUCGCACCGCUGUUAAUGUGAUUUUGUUUAAAAAAGCAGUCCACUUAUCGAAAGCGUUCAACUUAAAUACUGAAGUAUGCAUAAAGAGUAUGUAAUUGUCUUAACUGUAUGUGGGAACCUCCAGAAUAAACUAAGAAUUUAAAUAAAGUUUGUCUUUGAAAGCAGAUGUUAAGGGGGGGGGGGCUGAACAAACAAAGAAGCUGGUAGGAUUUGUAUUUUCCUUUCGAUUCAGUGGCUGUAAUGUUCAUCUCCAAAUAUGAACUGUUUGUGUUUCAUCUUCUGUUUUCACAGCAUAUUAAUAUAUUCACUUCCUUCACUCUUCUUUAGUGGAAAUAACGGCUCUAUUUUUCAAUAAAAAGAGAAAGGUGGUAAACUGCUAA